CUGUCUUUAUAUUUCGAACGCGUUGGUUUGGGGUUUUGAAUUCUUCUUGGUUCUGCGCUGUCGUCGCAGAAAUGCACUCGCUUUUCUAUGUCUUAUUCCAUCCGCUAAACACGCUCAACUUAUGGCUCGAAGACGAUCCGAAUGCCAGCAUCGUCGAUGUAUUAUACCUCUUCACCACGUUUUCAGCAUUUGGUAUAUGGCUGGUGUUUGACAGAUACCAGAAAGCGGUCAACAGCGCAGUGCCUUUCCACCAUCCUGCUCCAGAGGCGGCAGACCCCAGCUGGGACUCUCGUGUGAUACCCAAUGCCAACCUACGCUCGCAUCUCCAGAUGCCCGACCUCCUUCCUCUCCAAUUUGGAGGAGGUGGACGCGAAUAUAUUACGUGUUUUGACCCCGCUAACAACCUGCACCUCACUUCCGCUCUCGCGGAUGAUGCACGAUCAAUCGAGGCUAAGAUCAAACGCGCGAAAAAUGCACAGGUUAAGUGGUGCGAGACGUCAUUUGGCGAGCGGAGACGCGUCAUGCGCAGCUUACUGAAGUGGCUCGUGGAGAACCAGGAGUUAUGUGCGCGGAUCGCGUGCCGCGACUCAGGAAAGACAAUGAUUGACGCGGCUUUGGGCGAGAUAUUGUCGACGUGCUCAAAGCUAGAGUGGUUGAUUAACCAUGGCGAACGCGCUCUUCGAACGGAAACAAGAUAUUCGAAUUUGAUGAUGAGUUACAAGAAAUCACAGGUCAUUUACGAGCCGAAAGGUGUGGUGGCUGCUAUCGUAUCAUGGAACUACCCUCUUCAUAAUGCUUGGUCACCAAUUGUCGCAUCUAUUUUUGCCGGAAACGCCAUCGUACUUAAGGCAUCUGAACAUGUUAUUUGGUCUACGGAAUGGUUUGUUGGCGCUAUUCACAAGUGCCUAGAGGUUCUCGGAUACGACGCUGAUAUCGUGCAGACUGUUUGCUGUUGGCCUGAUCAGGCUGAAGCAUUGACCAAGUCACCUCUUAUUAAGCACAUUACCUUUAUUGGCUCAGAGGAAAUCGGAAGAAAGGUCGCCAUGGCUGCCACUGAACACCUGACGCCCGUUACUCUCGAGCUUGGUGGAAAGGACCCUGCUAUCAUUCUACCAGACACGGACCUCCAGAAAUGGUCUAGUAUCUGGAUGCGUGGUAUAUUUCAAAAUUCAGGUCAGAACUGCAUCGGUAUUGAGCGUCUCAUUGUGCACUCUAAACAAUACGAUGAAUUAUUCGAUAUCUUGACGGAGCGCGUCGCUAAGUUGCGCUUUGGGUCUGUGUUGGCGCCUACUCGCGAGGGCUACAUCAACACCGUGGAUUGUGGUUCUAUGAUCAGCAAUGAUAGAUUUAAUGUGCUUGAGGAGCUAGUAUUCCAGGCGCAGGAAGAUGGCGCAAGAGUCGAUAUCGGCGGGAAAGAGCUUUUGCAUACGUCGUGCCAGGGAAAAUCAUUCUUCCAGGCAACGGUGGUAGGUGAUGCCAAACCCAGCUCGCGAAUUGCACAGGUGGAAUUGUUUGCCCCAAUUGCGCUGCUCAUUCGUUAUGAUGAUAUUGAUGAUGCAAUCACUAUCGCGAAUGGAACGCGGUACGGACUUGGCGCCAGCGUCUUUGGACCUCAUCAAGACCUGUGUAUUGAAGUCGCAAAGGAGCUUCAUUGUGGUAUGGUAUCUGUCAAUGACUUUGGGGUGUACUAUCUCAACCAAGAUCUGCCAUUUGGAGGUACUAAAUCUAGUGGAUACGGACGGUUCGGUGGCAGUGAAGGGCUUCGUUCACUGACGAACCCUAAAGCAAUUGUCACCGACCGCUGGCCAUCGUUUGUGCAAACCACUAUACCCAAAGUGCUGGACUAUCCCAUACGCUCACUCGUGCGGAGCUGGGACUUCGUCCAUGGUUUGACUAUGCUGUUAUACGCUGAUGGAUAUCGUGCGCGGUUCAAUGGGUUGUUGCAACUUACGAAAGCUCGCCGAUGAUCUAUGGAAGUAUUGCUAUGCUCCGUACACCGGGCACUGAAUUGUAUUUUUUUGCGGGGUAGCAGUCUACGUAACUUAUGGGCCUGACUCCGUAAGAGAAUCCCACCAGCAGCUUGCAUCGCUGUCUAGUGAGAUUCCAUGAUUGAGUUCAGCUCCACUGCAGACUGAUUCUAAUGGUUGGUAUUGUAGAGGAAUAUAAUGCACAAUGCGAUAUGUGGGUGACUCGCGCUUGGUGGGAUUCGUCGGCCAGAAUACCGCGGAGAUUUUAAGCGUAUAUGGCAAGCGAUUCUCGUUCCGAAACGUUAUGGUUCUUCACCCACGUGUAGUUUCAACCGUAUUCUGUAGCGGUCCUUUGAUUGGUUUCUCUGCUCG